ACCUAUUUACCAACUCGGAUACCGUCAGACUGCAUCUUUGCGGAGUCGAUCCCACGGAAAAUCCUAAGGCUCGACGCACGUUGAUGUCCGAGGUGCAUUGCAGCGCUGAGUGGCACAACGAAUAAGAUCGACUAAAUGCUUUUAUUGCCUUUCUGCUCCAGAAUCGGAACAACAUGGCGACUUCUGCUGCUACCAUGUCUUCCGCUUAUCUCAACGGCCACUCCAAACCCCAACCAACCAAACUCUCUAUAACCCCUAUCUCAGCUGCAUCUUCCCCCGCCUCAGCUGCUUCGCCCAUUUCGAGCGUCUCUACGCCUACCUCAAACCAUCAGCUUGCCAUCAAACCCGCAGCCGCAGCCGCAGCCCUACAGGCUACCGCAAUGGCUUCAAAAGCCUCGAUCACCAGCAAGGAAUGGGUAGUUCCUCCGAGGCCUAAGCCCGGCCGGAAGCCCGCUACGGAUACGCCACCAACUAAGCGGAAGGCCCAGAACCGCGCUGCCCAGCGUGCAUUUCGUGAGCGGAGAGCCGCUCGCGUGGGAGAGUUAGAGGAGCAGCUGGAAGAACAGAAGGAAGAGUACGAGCGAAAUCAGCAACAGCUUACCGACCAAGUGCAGGACCUGGACGCCGAGGUGUUAACGCUACGGAACAGAUGCUUGGUCUUAGAGGACUUGCUAGAGAAGGAGCGUAAGGAGCGUAUCAAAGUAGCAAGCGAGCUUGAAGACCUACGACGACGAUGGAGAGGAGGAGAAGAUGCCAGCACAUCUUCAAGACACGGAAGUUUCGCUAUACAGCACGGGAGGCUACCGAAUCCGCUGACCAUUGCAUCUCAACAUCCCACACCACGAGGAAGCCUCGCUAGCAACGCAUCGGAUCAUCGCAAUUCGGCAACGGCCUUUUCAAUCUCGCAAAUAAUCUCCCCUCCUGACUCAUCGAGUCCACCUGGAGCCCUCCGAGAGUCAUCGACUGACCUUGCUGGGUGUGGCAACUGUGAAAUCAACGGACCUUGCGCCUGCGCUGAAGAAGUUCUUGCCGAUACGGCUGUUGGAUGCAACAAGUGCAGUAUUGGAUCCAAGUGCGAGUGUCUGGAAGCCAUGGUGAAAGACCUUGCUCCGAAUUCGGAAUCCGAACUUAAGCGGAAGAAAUCCUCCCUGUCUGUCAUAGCCCCGGAAGAGAAGAGACAGAAGAUACCCGAACCCUAUCCUCACGAGGUCGACUUCACCGCCGCGUUCGCUAAGAAGAAGGAUCCCGUCCCGGAACCAGUUAUAUACCAAGCCCCCACUCAGCCGACGGUGCCGCCACGAGACUCUUGCGGCUUCUGCGAAGAAGGUACCUAUUGCAUGUGUGCCGAAGCUGCCGCAUCGCAGACGCUCCCCCCGGUAUCUCAACAAGUUCAGACGCCGCCUCCUUCCGAGAAUGACGUAGGCCCCCAUCCGAUAGAAAUCACAUCAACCGGCGCCGUCAAAUUACCAGGUAUCAAUUCGCUAAGUCGCACUCCGAUCCCUACAGCCCGCCCUUCCGGUGGUUGUGGCCCCAAAGGACCAGGUUCCUGCGCCCAGUGUCUAAAUGAUCCCAAGUCUGGUCUCUUCUGCCGCAGCCUCGCAGCAAGCUUUUCCCGCAAUUCAGGUACGUCUAGCGGAGGGUGCUGCGGCGGAUCCGGCGGAUCCGGAUGCUGCAAAUCUACCGAAGCAGGAACAUCCACCGAUUCCCCGGCUGGCAUCAACCUAUCAUGCGCAGAGGCGUACAAGACACUCUCUAGCCAUCGUAAUUUCGACAAGGCAGCUGACGAGAUCGGGACUUGGUUGCCUAGACUCAAGGCCGCUCCCCUACCGGCAAAUACGGCGGGAAGGCCACCCAUCGAGGUCCAAGUAGCCAGCAUUAUGGGGGUCUUGAGAGAGUUUGACGUCCGGUUUGGAAGAGAAGCUUGAUCUAUUUAAACAGAUUCACGGCUGCUGGGAGGUCUGGCUGCGCUACAUGCGUUUAACGAGAGUAUAUAAUGAGACAUGGCGUCAACGGACCAUUGCAUCCUACGGUGUUGAUAAGGGGAGGGGAUGUGUCGAGCAUUUCGGCCGUCCUUAGGGAGUGAUCAUAUUGCAUUAUUGGGCGGCGGUC